AUGGCAAAGUUCGAAACUAGUGACGGUCAGUCCCGCAUGGAAGAGGGCGAACUCGUUGGACCCGAUAAGAUUCUGACCGUUAAGGGCUCCUACAGUUAUACCGACCCAAAUGGCAACCUCGUCGAGGUCUCGUAUAUAGCUGACGAUAAGGGGUUUCGGAUUGUCCCUGAGAGCGACACGACGGUGUCGCUGAGAAUACCGGCUGCCGCCCUCGCGUCUCUGCUGGAACUUGACGACCAGAAAAAAGAGAUUCGUAACAGUGUAUUAAAGGUUACAGAACACGUCACACAAAACAUCAACAGGAUAUUAGAGGAAAAACUUCUUGCUUUGGAAGAGAAAUAUGUGAAACUCAAGGAGAUAGUAGACAUCCAAGAGAAGAGGAUCUACUUCCUAGAAAAACAGGCGAGACAAAGAAACAUAGUUAUUUUCGGUAUCGAAGAACUGGAAUCUUCAUACGAAACUUUACAAAAACAUAUGCUCAAUUGGUUAGACCUACACUUUUCAAUCAAAUUAACAGAUACCGCUCUACAAGUAGUUAGAAGGCUAGGAAAAAAGGGCGAUAAACCACGACCCACUCUGAUAUCCUUCUCAAAUCUCAGCACUAAGAUAAAUAUAUUGAAACAGAAAAAAACACUGCGCGACACGUGCUACUAUAUAAAAGAAGAUUACCCAAAACAGAUCCUAAAAAAAAGAAGACAAUUACAAGAACAGCUGAAAAUAGAAAGAGAAAAUGGCAACAUGGCUUUCCUAAAAUAUGACAAACUAGUUAUACCUAAACAAACAUCCAAAAGAAAGUUUUCUGCAUCGCCAUCAAAAUUCGCAGAAGAAAUGUCAAAAGAAAGAAUUACACAGACAAAAAAAAAUAAGCCACAACAUUAA